AUGGCUGCGCAAUCGAAGCUGCUCCCGCCCGAACGCUCUGUGCGGCAGCUCUUCUCUAGUCUGGCAUCAGUAUAUCUCCGUCAUCGUACCAACAUCUCGCGCACAGUCUACCUAGCUCUCUUUGCGGCCCUCGCAAAGCGCAUCCAUAAUGCCAUCUCCGAGCAAAAAGCGGCCUCCCAGCACCAGGUGGACUUGCGGAGGAAACCAGGGACAAGCAGUCUAGGGGACGGCCCCGACAAACCACGAAAGAAGGUCGGGGUAAAUCGCGAAUUUUUCAGAAAUCUUUCCCGACUGUUGAAGAUCGUGAUACCGAGUUGGCGGAGCAAGGAACUACGACUACUCGUCAGUCAUAGUGUUUUUCUGGUUCUGCGGACGUUGCUCAGUCUGUAUGUGGCCGAGCUAGAUGGGCGACUCGUCAGUAACUUGGUUCGCGGAAAAGGAAAGGACUUCUUGCUAGGGUUGGUGUGGUGGAUGAUUGUUGCAGUGCCUGCAACAUUUACGAAUUCUAUGCUGUCCUAUCACCAAUGCAAGCUCGCACUUAGCUACCGGAAGCGUCUUACCGAUCACAUUCACGAAAAGUAUCUGUCGAAUAUGACCUUCUAUGCAAUCUCCGCCCUGGACGACCGGGUCAAGAAUCCCGACCAGCUCAUCACCGUGGAUGUUUCUCGCUUCUCCGACAGCCUUGCAGAGCUAUAUUCCAACCUUGCUAAACCGAUCCUAGACAUGGUUAUAUACAACUACUCCCUGUCAAAGAGCGUUGGUGGAGAAGGCCUGUUCAUAAUGAGCCUUUUGGUUCAAUUAUCUGCUAAUGUCAUGCGCGCAUUGACGCCACCAUUCGGCAAAUACGUCGCAGAUGAGGCCCGACUGGAAGGAGAGUUUAGGUUCCUUCAUUCGAGGUUAAUCGACUAUAGCGAGGAGAUCGCCCUGUAUCACGGCCAUGAGGCGGAGAAGGACACGCUGGAUAAAGGCUAUUUUACACUAAUCAAGCAUGUGAAUCGCAUUUUACGGAGACGCUUAUACCACGGAUUCAUGGAGGACUUUGUCAUCAAAUAUUUCUGGGGUGCUUUGGGGUUGAUUUUGUGCAGUGUGCCGGUGUUUUUCAGAAUACCCGGUCAAGUCACCCAAACCAUGGGUGACCGAACGGAAAGCUUCGUGACGAAUAGGAGGAUGCUGCUUUCGUCUUCAGAUGCUUUUGGCCGUCUAAUGUUCUCUUACAAGGAGAUCUCGGAACUAGCGGGCUAUACGUCUCGUGUCUCAUCUCUAUUAGACGUUAUGGAUGACUUAUUGGCGGGGCGUUUCGAGAAGAAGUUGGUCUCUUCAGCUUCGACAGAGGAAAACGCUGCCGUUUUGUCCGGCCGUGGAGUCAUUGAGGAAAGCGAUGCGAUCGAGUUUACCGAUGUCCCCAUUGUCUCGCCCAAUGGAGAUGUCCUCGUCCGAAAACUGACGUUCACCGUACACCCCGGUGACCACUUGCUUAUUGUUGGCCCCAACGGCUGUGGUAAAUCCUCAUUGUUCAGAAUUUUGGGUGGCCUAUGGCCCGUAUACGGCGGCCGUGUGAAGAAGCCUCGCUUCGAUGAGAUCUUUUACAUUCCCCAACGGCCCUAUCUCUCCCGCGGAAGCUUGCGUCAGCAAGUAAUAUACCCCGAUGGGGUCCGGGAAAUGCGCGCCAAGGGAGUUACCGACGAAGACUUAUACGAAAUCCUUUCUAUCGUCGAGAUUGCCUCGGUUGUAAACCGGCCAGGCGGCUGGGACGCAGAAGAGGAAUGGCGAGACGUCCUCUCCAUCGGUCUCCAACAGCGGAUAGCAAUGGCCAGGCUCUUCUACCACCGGCCAAAGUUCGCUAUUCUGGAUGAGUGCACGUCCUCUGUGACGCUUGAGAUCGAACGCGUCAUGUACGAGACCGCGAAAAAACUAGGCACAACGCUAAUGACCGUCUCACAUCGACGAAGUCUAUGGAAAUACCACAAGAUGAUCCUCCAGUUCGACGGACAGGGCGGAUACAUCUUCACCGGGCUGGACUGGGAGAAGAGAAUGAAGUUGGAAGAUGAAAAGGAAGAGCUUGACCUCCAUCUCCGAGCUGUUCCUGAACUGCAGAAGCGCAUGGCGGAAUUGACAUCUGCAUAG